ACGCGUUAAAGACGUGUGUCGUCGCCAGCAUCCUUGAUGAAUAUCAAAGGCGGGUGUAAUUGCAAUAUGUAUACUAGAGAGGAUGAUCUUGUCGAGUGUUUUCUGUUUCCACACUUGUGUUACAAAUCGACGGAGGAAAUAUCUCAAGAUGAAUUAGUAUCUGAAAUAAACAAAUACAAUAAUCGAAUUUCAAAGUAUACUCAUGAAUACAUAUGGCAUAGAGACUCGUUAGGCUUUCAAGCCAGAACAAAGAAUAUUAUCCAGCUCAACAAAGAACUUGAUGGUGGAGCUCGAGUGGAAGAUUAUCAGCUACCACCACACAUAUAUGCUAGUCUGCGAUUUGACGAGGAUGUUGGUGACGAGUGGUUUCUUGUGUUUCUGGUAAUGGAACUGACGAAGGCAUUCGAUGGCUUAAUCGUAAAAUUGGUUGACUCUGAUGGAGAAUUUUUGCUAAUUGAAGCUGCAGAGUCUUUGCCAAGUUGGGCGACACCACAAACUUGUCAGGAUCGUGUUUUCAUAUAUAAUGGCGAAAUACAUGUUGUUAGAGAUGAAAACUUGUCUUAUAUAGAAAUGCUGCGAAACAUCAGAGAGAAACCUACAGCUUCCAGAAUGCAGUAUGGUAUACAAGCUGCUAUUCAAAAGAAAAUUGCCAUAUACCCAGAGGAAAUACAAAACAGAAUCCACAAAGCUCGAGUCUUUUUACCAGAAAGAGCUAUCGCCAUACUAAAACAGGAACCUGGUUUGAUCGCAGCUGCACUGAGGACUGUUUGUCAAUCGGAUCCACUUGAGAGAAAAGUUUGCCAAGCGAUGAAGUACUUUCCACCAGAACAACGUGCCAUGGUCAAUGUGAAAAUGACUAGAUGCCUAUACGCGAUGGCAACUCACUGUCGUUACGCUGGGGAUCCAAGAACUGGUUGGAAUUUACCUUCACCCAAUGAUUCUUGUCAUAAGCCGCAUUUGUUGGGGAUAAAGAUAUCGUGUGGAUUGGAAAUGCUUGUUGCACGAGCCAGUCGCAAAAUCAAACAGAAUGAAGACAAUGAAAAUAAAAAUGAAACCGAAUGGGUUGCAUAUCUGAAACGGUUGACAGCAAACGGAUAUUUCCGAAAUCUUUUAGAGGGUAGUCAAGAAUACAAUCGGCUGCUUAGAAUGGCCAAGGAGUAUUUUCAAUCCAGUUCCAGGGAUCAUUCUUUAUUUGGUGACAAGAACGAGGCUCAUCGAAUAUUGGAGACCUGGCGUAAUGCUCCGCACCAUGAUAUCGAGUCAUUGAGUGAAGGGCGAUUGAGCCCUCCAGACAAUGAUAACUGGCUCAACAUAGAUCCAGAACAACUGCACUCAAUGCUGGACCAGCAGUGGUCAUCAAAUGAUCGAAUGGUAGAUCAGCACCCGCCGUCAAUCCAAGAGAAAGUUCGGGAAUUUUUGCAACAUUCAAGCGACGUAGAUGGAGUUCAGUUUCCGGGCCAACUGUCCAAGUCAAAUGACGAUAACAGCGAAAUCAGAGCAAAUGGUGAUGCCGAUGAUACGAGGAUAGACUUCAAUGCAGAUGCAUUUGAUUCCGCUUUACGUGGAAUCUUGGAUCUUGUUGUGCCAGGAGAUGAAAAUGAUUUCGACAGCAACUCGGAAGGUUCGUUGGGUGGAAGCGAGGAGGAUAAAGGUGGUGAAUUGGACAAGUACAUGAGACUGCUUGACUCUCAACUAGAAAUGGAUUUGCACCUUAGCGGAUUACGAGAAAAAUCUAAUACAGACACUUGCGUUGAAGAUUCGACUAUGGAGCUAAAUUUAAGAGAAAGCGCAGAAGGUGAAGCAGGAGGUGCAGGAGCUGUUGGAAAUAUUCUUGGCGGACCCAUUCGACGUCUCUUGCAUUUACACCUGCAAUCACCCUCGACUGUUCCACCUGACUUACAAAGUUAAAUUUUUCACAAUUAUCAUUAAUUUUAAGUACGACGUCAGUAGUCAGCUUAUCUCCAAUAUAUUUGGACGAAAAGCAAUCGUAUUAUCCAAUGUAUUGUGAAUUGGCAGCUAUUGACUUGCACUAUUUUUAUUUUUUUAUUCUCGUUUUAUAUCUUUUGUAUUAUCAACACUAGCAGUAAAGUUCUGUUAUAACUUUCCAAAUAUUUCGUCUAUUAAACGCAAUUGUAAAUUAAUAUUAUCGUAAACAUUUGAGAGCGAGAAUUCCUUCUUCGUCUAAUAAACGGCAAUCGCCUAUACUUACUUACUGAAUUCGUUGUUUUGGCGAUACGCCAAUUGCAUAGCUCAUAAGGAUGCGCCUGCUUUCGCGACAAGAUCCAACGUAAGUUGGAUUAUUAAGCUUAGACUACAAACACUCACGUCUAUUCGUAUGCGUAUGUACAAAUAAAUGCAUGUAUACAACACCUUGCGAUAUGUCGGACAACAUACGAUAGGAUUGGGCGACAUACAUUCAUGAUGUUUCGACUACCGAUGUUUUUUAAAGUCUAUGGAAAAUAUUGAACUAUCGAUAUCGUGAAGCCGAAAGUAAUUUAAAUUUCUGUGCAAACAUCUGUCAGCAACUUAUCUAUAAUAAGUAAAUACACAUUACUAAUUGUAAGGUCGAUAAUAAAUCUGUAUUUUCUACUAAAUUUCUCGCUGUUAAUUAGAGUAUUUAAAUAUUUAACUUUCCAUAAUUUACUUUAUAUUAAAUUCUCAUAUUUUGUACACAUUCUUAAUUAACAAUAAUGAUAAUUAAAAAUUUU